AUGCAAAUUUUCGUCAAGACCCUCACCGGCAAGACUAUCACCCUCGAGGUGGAGUCGAGCGACACUAUCGACAACGUCAAGACCAAGAUCCAGGACAAGGAGGGCAUCCCUCCAGACCAGCAGCGACUCAUCUUCGCUGGCAAGCAGCUCGAGGAUGGCCGCACCCUCUCUGACUACAACAUCCAAAAGGAAUCUACCCUCCAUCUCGUCCUUCGCCUCCGUGGUGGCAUGCAGAUCUUUGUGAAAACUUUGACCGGCAAGACCAUCACCCUUGAGGUGGAGUCUAGCGAUACCAUUGACAACGUCAAGACCAAGAUCCAGGACAAGGAGGGCAUCCCUCCAGACCAGCAGCGACUCAUCUUCGCUGGCAAGCAGCUCGAGGAUGGCCGCACCCUCUCUGACUACAACAUCCAAAAGGAAUCUACCCUUCAUCUCGUCCUUCGUCUGCGUGGUGGUAUGCAGAUAUUCGUCAAGACGCUUACCGGAAAGACUAUCACACUUGAGGUCGAGUCCUCAGAUACCAUCGACAACGUCAAGACAAAGAUCCAAGACAAGGAGGGAAUCCCACCAGACCAGCAGCGAUUGAUCUUCGCCGGAAAGCAACUUGAAGACGGCCGAACGUUGUCAGACUACAACAUCCAGAAGGAGUCCACACUCCACCUUGUUCUUCGUCUGCGUGGUGGCAUGCAGAUCUUCGUCAAGACACUUACCGGCAAGACAAUCACGCUGGAAGUGGAGUCGUCAGACACCAUCGACAACGUGAAGACAAAGAUCCAGGACAAGGAAGGAAUCCCACCAGACCAGCAACGUCUCAUCUUUGCUGGAAAGCAGCUCGAAGAUGGUCGAACACUGUCAGACUACAACAUACAGAAGGAGAGCACCCUCCACUUGGUGCUGCGGUUGCGUGGUGGCAACUAG